CCCAUAAGUCCUCCCUCGGUCCUCUCUCUCUCUUAACAUUCACUUCUCACUUUCGGGGAAACAAAAGAAGAAGUCUCCCGUCUCUUUCUUCACCUUACACGCACACACAGACACACACUAAACCAAACACGUAGUAUUCAUAUUCACGCUAUGUGUCUCUCUUCUUCUCCUCAUCUUCUCCUCUCUCAAUUUCCUCUAUUCCUUCAAAAGCCCUAAAAAAACCUCAAGUUUUUUUAUAACCAACAGAGGUCUUUAAUUCAGUCGAAUUACAUGUUUAGUUUUGUUAGGGUUUCCAUUUCUUUUGUGGUAAUUUCGUAAAUUAUGGAGAGAUCUGAUGGCAAAGAUUCCAUGGACUUGUCCCACUCCUCUAGCUCCAUCUCAGAUUGUGCACUUUUCGAUGCAUCACAGUAUGCAUUUUUUGGACGAGAUAUAGGAGAGGAAGUUGAAUUGGGAGGCCUAGAUGAAGAAGGGAACAACUGUGUUCCCUCGGUGGAUGGUGGAUUUGGUGACGAGGAUGUACAGGAGUACCAUUUGUUUGAAAAAGAUGAGGGAUCAGCUUUGGGGUCUUUAUCCGACAUAGAUGAUCUGGCAACUACAUUUUCAAAGUUGAACAGAAACGUCACAGGACCUAGGCAUCCUGGAGUUAUUGGAGAUCGUGGAUCAGGAUCUUUUUCUAGGGAAAGUUCGUCGGCAGCUGAAUGGGCAAAGGAAACUGAGUUUACUGAUUGGUUUGAUCAGCAUUUGUCUGACACUGAAUGUUACCAGGAUAGCAAAAGAUGGUCUUCACAGACACAUUUCUCUCCUGUGCAUCAUGCAGAGUCAAAACCGUUGUAUAGAACAUCCUCCUACCCUGAGCAACCCCAACAACUUCAACGCUUCUCAAGCGAACCCAUUUUAGUGCCAAAGGCAUCUUACACUUCUCUCCCUCCUCCUGGUGGCAGAUCUCAACAAGCCUCACCACACAGCCUAUUGCAUCAUCAAAGUAUGCCAUCUCUUGCUGCUGGACCUCAGUCACCCUAUUCAACUGCCAAUCUCCCCACUUUGUCAAAUCCUAAUAUCCAUUUAGCAGGCUUGUCUCAUGGGCUCCAUUACGGUGGAAACAUGCCACAGUGGACCCCUACGGGUCUUUCUCUCAAUACUCGGCUUCAAAACCACUGGAUUAGUCAUGCCGGUCUCAUCCAUGGGGAUCAUUCUAGCCUCUUAAAUAGUAUAUCUCCACAUCAAUUUCCUCAGAAUGGGUUAUUGUCCCCUCAGUUAAUGUCCCCCCGGCAGCUACAGCAGCAGAGAUUGCAUCCUUCAGUUCAACCAUCUUUAGCUCAUUUUUCUGCACUGCGUUCCCAAUUUAAUUCCUUUCCUUCACCUUCCCAUCUGGGUAAGUAUGGAUCGGCUGAUUCAAGAGAGUCAAGAUCUAAGUCAUCAAAUAAAGGUAGACAGAAUGUGCGCUUUUCUCAACAAGCCUCUGAAGCUGGUAGCCAAAAAAGUGAGAGUAAUGUUUCCAAGUUCAGAUCUAAGUACAUGACUGGUGAUGAAAUAGAGAGCAUCCUGAAAAUGCAGCAUCCCGCAACACAUGGCAAUGAUCCAUACGUGGACGAUUAUUAUCACCAAGCUCGGCUUGCAAAGAAAGCAGCUGAGUCGAGGUCAAAAUAUCGUUUUUGUCCAAACAAGGAGCAACCUUCACGGUCACGUAAUAGCACAGAGUCACAACCUCAUCUCCAUGUUGAUGCUAAGGGGCAGAUUUCAUUUUCCUCCAUCCGCAGGCCUCGUCCUCUUCUUGAAUAUGAUCCACCCGGUUUUGUUUGUAAUGGCAGUGGUGAACAUGACAUGUCUGAGAAAACUUUAGAGCAGGAACCAAUGCUUGCAGCUAGAAUUACAAUAGAGGAUGGUUUCUAUCUUCUCCUUGAGGUUGAUGACAUCGACAGGCUACUUCAGUUUAGUCAGCCGCAAGAUGGAGGUGCUCAGCUGAGGCGGAAGCGGCAGAUCCUGUUGGAAGGCAUGGCUUCCUCACUUCAGCUUGUUGACCCGCUUGGAAAAAGUGGGAGUUCAGUUGGGCUUACCCCUAAAGAUGACAUUGUGUUCUUAUGGCUGGUGUCUCUUCCAAAAGGCCGGAAACUCAUUUCAAGGUAUCUUCAGCUUCUGGCACCCGGUGUCGAGCUUGCAAGAAUAGUUUGCAUGGCAAUUUUUCGGCAUUUAAGGUUUUUGUUUGGCGGUCAUCCACCUAAUCCAGGAGCCACUGAUACUAUCACUAAUUUUGCAAAAACAGUCUCUGCAUGUACCCGUGGCAUGGACCUUAAUUUGCUUAGUGCUUGUCUAGCUGCUGUUGUUUGUUCCUCAGAGCAGCCACCUCUUCGUCCUCUUGGAAGCCCUGCUGGAGAUGGAGCCUCUAUUAUUCUUAAAUCUGUUCUUGAAAAGGCAACUCAUCUCUUGACUGAUCCUCAGGCUGUUAGCAGCUUCAGCAUGCCUAAUCCUGCUCUUUGGCAGGCAUCAUUUGAUGCCUUUUUUGGUUUACUUACUAAGUAUUGCUUGAGUAAGUACGACUCAAUAAUGCAAUCGAUACUUCCACAGACUCAGUCAAACACAGAGACGUUUGAUGAAGACGCUGCAAGAGCUGUAAGCAGAGAGAUGCCGGUCGAACUUUUACGUGCUAGUCUCCCGCACACAAAUGAGCAGCAGAGGAAGCUGUUGUUGAAUUUUGCUCAGAGGUCCAUGCCUGUGACUGGAUCCAAUGCUCGCGGUGGAAGCACUGGACAAAUAAGUCCUGAAUCAGUAAGCUGUUAGUGGAGAUGCGAAGAUGUCAUAAUUGCAAAUAGUUCUCAAGAUCAUCAUCUGGCUGCCCUUUUCACAACAUAAUCUUCUGCUAUGCCUCCAUGCCAUAAAAAAUGUCGACGGCUAGAAUCAAGGGUAUGCAUAUAUGUUAGGCGCCGUUUUAAUGCCUAAAGCUCCUCUUCCUCCAACUUACGUGUCUUUUUCUAUUUUUUUCCAACUUUUUCCUUUCUGCCCACCUUUUCUUUCCAUGUUUCUUUUCCCUCUUUUCAACUUUCCUUCAUCCUUUUUUUGAAGGAAAGGUUUUGUUCUUUCUCCUUUGUGACAAGUCUCAGCUUGCGUAACUGUGUAUAAUGUCAGAAAGUGACGGGGUUAUUGGUCCCUUUUAGUGUUUUUCAUCCAAAGAGCUUGUUUUUCUAAUGCUCUUUCUGUAAACUUGGAUAAAAGCUGGAAAGGUAGGAUGUAAAGAUGAUUUAUGGGGAGUUUUAAGAGCUCUUCCACUUGGCCAUCUUCUCUCUUUUUUUUUUCAGGAAGAAGAGGCGUUGACGUUGCUGGCUCAUAGGACAUGAUGGCUCAACUCUGCAGUUUCAGUAGGAGAUAUUUGUUAUAGAGUUGAAACUUUUAUGGAUGAAAACUGUAAUAAAUACAUGCUCUUGUUCAUUGACUAAUAUAACAUUCCCCCGUAUUGUUUACAAAGUUGAUUUGAUAUUUGCUGUCC